UUUAGAAAAUGGACAGAGAAUGGUGAAUAACGGGAGGAGGUUUGGACGGAAAGGAAGAGAAAAUGCCUCGUUUUUUCGGACGUUUCGUGGCUCUAACGGACACAGCAGAGACCCGGUCGGGUUCUAGUCGGUAAAAACGAACAUUGUGGGCCGGAACGUCCCCGUUAAGAAUGGCCUGGAUGUGGAAGAAGAAGUCGGUGAUAGCGACUGGCCUGAUCGUGGCCGUGUCCCUCUUCGUGGUGGUGGUCAACUACUCAGAGAAGCCCUACUUCCUGCUGCAGCCUGUGCUGGGCCAGAGCUUCAGCAGCCACUGGAUGUUCUCCCGGCAGCCGCACAAGGCCUUCCGACCCCACCCUGGCUAUGUGAGCGUCCCCAAACAGGAGCCUCUGAAGCUGCACUGUGAUGUCUGCAGCGUGGUGUCCAGUUCGGGUCAGAUGCUCGGUCGGCAGGCGGGACAUGAGAUUGAGCGUGCAUCCUGCGUGUGGCGGAUGAACAACGCGCCAACCCGCGGCUUCGAGCUGGACGUGGGGCGCCGCACCGACCUGCGGGUGGUCUCGCACACGAGCGUGCCGCUGCUGCUGCAGAAGCCCCAGCACUUCUUCGGCCAGGGCAACGAGACGGUGUACGUGGUGUGGGGUCCACUGCGCAACAUGAGGGAGGACGGCAAGGGCAUCGUCUACAACAUGCUGCGGCAGGCCGCCGAAAACUACCCCCACGCCCGCAUCUACGUCACCACGGAGGAGCGCAUGAACUACUGCGACACCGUCUUCAAGAGGGAGACGGGAAAAGACAGGAUUCAGUCAGGGUCGUACCUGAGCACUGGCUGGUUCACGCUUAUCCUGGCCAUGGACAUGUGCAAGGAGAUCCGAGUGUACGGAAUGAUCAACGACACUUACUGCAAAUCCGAAGGCUACAGGAAGGUGCCGUACCACUACUACGAAGCCGGAAGCCGCGACGAGUGUGCCGAAUACCUCCUGCACGAGAGCGCCCCCUAUGGUGGCCACCGUUUCAUAACAGAGAAGGCUGUUUUUGCCAAGUGGGCCAAGACCCACCCCAUCAAGUUCUUCUACCCAGAAUGGCAGCUGUCGUGACCAGUGGAGGACGACGGCUUCUCCAGGAAGCCUAAAGCACUGAGGCCUGUCGGGCCAACACACUCCCUGUCUUAAUGCACAAAUAAGUAGCCAUGCACGGGCCUGGACAAUCACCACAAACCACCUACAUACUGAUUACUGAUCUGCCCUCUGUUUAAAGAGAGAGUCACUCUGGUACGGAACUGACACCCUGUCGCUGGUGGGAUCUUGCAAGACAUCCUUUCCUCAACAGGACAGUCGAGACAGCCUCACUACAUACUAUACCGUUGGAAAGCCUCGGUCUUUUAUUCUCCUUUAUCUCUGGCACUGGACAAGAGACGAUGUCAUUCAAGGGAAGGACACGGUGUUGAAGAAAACAACCCUGGCGGAGACAAAGUGUAAUAGGAAGCACUGAUUACCUUUCAUCAGACAGAUAAACCUUGAAGCACCAGGCGAAGGUUGUAAGAGGGCCACAUUCAUUUAGCCUAGAUGGAUCUGCAUUACUCUUAAGUUUAUCUUGGUUGUGCCGGAGUCCCCUCCUUGCAUGAAUCUAACCUUAAGUAGCUUAUGUUGCUACACGCCGGUUUUCGGUGGAGUGAAACAACCAGCAAAAUGAUCCAAAUCCAGACAAAAAACAUGAAGAAUCUCAUGAGAAAUGCUAACCAACUCAGCCCUGCCACUCGUAGCUUUUCUUACAAAGAUCAUUUGUAAUCGGUUCCAGUAUCUUUCUGUCCUGAGCAUGAAUGUGACAGAGCUGGCCCUGAUCCCUCUGAACCAAGACGAAAAGUAUUAGCCGUUACGUUUUAGCAUUCAUAGCAUUAGCAUUGACGUUUUAGCAUUCUUAGCAUUAGCAUUGAAGCGUUCGUAUUAUUACUUAAUAUUAAGUUAUCAUCUCUGCUGUGAACUGAGAGAACGGAAAGCAAAUGCAGGCAUUUGUAAGUUGACCUCAAGUCUGUUAAAGACGAUAGCGUGAAGCUCUGUUUUCAUGUGCCACAGCUAGCUAGCAAGAUCGUCAGCGCUAAGAGUGCAACUGACUUGAAGAAGUUUGCCAUUUGUACUGUAGACGGAAGUCCUUUCUUCGUGAGAGGUUGGGGCAACGUGCAGUAUACGGACAGCUCCACGUGAAGUUCCUUUCUUUAUGUUUAAGAUUUUGUGCCUGUAUACAUUAGUAGCCAAUGUAGACUCAGUGCAAUGCCCCCAUCCGCCUUUACCCCAUAUCCUUAGGCCUUAUCUGCCUAAAAAAAGACCACUGUGUGCAUAAUCUGUCGGUAUCCCUCCGAAGCCUGCUAGGACAAGGUGCCGUCUUUUGUCAAAAGGGCAGGCUAACUGUUCAGCUACUGUAGCUAAGUGCUGUAGCACCUUGUUAACCAGCAGACAAUGCAGCGCCCCUGAGGGCUGCCACUGCGCAGAGACUCCUGCAUUUGGUCUCAAAAGCAGCAUGUGGCUUCAAAGCAGGCACUCAUACGUAGCGUAUUGUUCGGAAUCAGCUUGUGAUUGUUACCUUCUCCAGCAGCCUUCACUUACAGCGCUAAUCCAUUCUGCAGGCGCGCAGCAUUGUCUCAGCUUAAGCACUCCGUCGGUCACACCGCAGGUAACGGAGCGACCGGCACCGAGACGGUUGCACCAAGGACCGCACUAACUGAAGCUUUGGACUUGAGCCUGCUAGCUCAAAGUGACAGGCACAGCGGUCAGCUCUGAUCCUCCUCUCCUAGAGGACAAAGACACUCUUCUGGUCGGUCGCUCUGUUGACACUCUCAGCUAAGGGGUCGCGCCGGGACACUUUUUCACCGAUCCUGGAUUUCUCUUUCGUUUGGAUGACUACGUGCUAAGAAUCAGCAAGAAUACUCAGCUCUCUUUGUGGAAUUCGCCCCUGCCUAUUUUGAGGUCGCACCGAGCUUCAGGUCGCACCAAGUCUUUCUUUUUUUCACACAGUCGAUGCCUUUUCACCGUUCUGUGGCAGCAUUAGUGGUACACAAGCCAAGAGCGCUAGUCUGUGAAUGUUCACUUCAGAUCUCUCAGAUGUUCAGUACUUUGUGUUUUUAGUCACCUGUAAGCCUCCUUCCUUUUCAUGUUGUUUUAUUAAGUGUCUUAAGUGCUUUUUUAAACCUUGUGAAAGGCUGCAUGUUUAAAUGUACAGUAUUAACACAUCAAGUGUCCUUUUUUUUUUCUUUUUUGAGGUCGAUCACAUCGCGUAUGUCUGCACACGGUUUAUAGAUCGAGCUUUUUACGUAAAUGUAUGAAAACGUAUCUCUUUUUUUGGCGAGUAAUGGUUUGUAAUGAGUGCUUUUAUCCCUCCAGUGUUAGUGCAGCCUCACGAAGGAUCAAGUGUUUAUCAUCCUGUGUUGUGGACUUUGACGUGUUUUGGAAAUUGCCUUGGAAUUGAAGUGAAUUUGUGAAUCACUUGCGACAUUUAUGGUUUUGGUUUGUUUUUUUUUUUUGAUGUGCUGAUGUGCUUUGACAUUUUGUUUUUUUUUUAAAUGCGAACAAAAACAUGCUUUUCUAUGUGUUUGAAAUGGGGCGCAAAUGAACAAUCACAAUUAUUUGAGACUUAUGUGUUUAAAAAUUUCAGCUCAUUUUCGGAAGACUGUAUUCAGCCUGUUCUCCACUCCUUUGUGUUGUAAUGAGCUGGCGUGCUAAUAAACAUGGUCAUAAAUUAA